AUGGGGAGAGGGAAGAUUGUAAUUCGAAGGAUCGAUAACUCAACCAGCCGACAAGUUACUUUCUCUAAAAGAAGGAAUGGGUUGUUGAAGAAGGCUAAGGAGUUGGCUAUCUUGUGUGAUGCCGAAGUUGGACUCAUUAUCUUCUCUAGCACCGGGAAGCUCCACGACUUCACGAGUUCAAGUAUGAGAAAUGUGAUCGAGCGAUACAACAAAGUGAGGGAGGAACAUCAUCGACUGCUGAAUCCCAUUUCAGAAGCCAAGUUUUGGCAAGGAGAAGCAGUUCAGUUGAGGCAACAGCUUCAGUAUUUGCAACAAAACCACAGGCAGCUGUUGGGAGAAGAACUUUCUGGUUUGAAUGUCAAUGAUCUGCAGAAGCUGGAAAUCAAACUGGAAAUGAGUCUAAAAGGUGUGAGAAAAAAGAAGGAACAAGUUUUAAUGGAUGAAGUAAAAGAAUUAAACCACAAGGGGAGUUUUGUUGGCCAAGAAAAUAAAGAACUGCACGAGAAAGUAAACCUCCUGCGCCAAGAAAACACAAAAUUGCAGAAAGAGGUUUAUGAAUUAUGGAGCAUGGCUGAAGCAACCAAAAGCUCAACCACAGAUAUGCAUCACAAGAAUUACGAGUUGCAUGCACCCAUAAAUCUCCAGCUAAGCCAGCCACAGCCACAGAAGAACUGCAUAUCAGUAGAAACCAUGAAAUUGGGGUUACAGUUGAACUCCAAAGCAAGUUGAAAGCUGGUCGAUAUCAGAGGAUCCUCAUAUCAACUAAUUGCCAAGCAACAGCCA